ACGAAAGAUUCCGUCGAAAUGUUAUCCAUUCGCGUCUCUUUGGCCGAAGCUUCUUUCUCAUUAGCGAACGAUCCCGUGACGAAUUUUGAGAAUAGAAAAUUGAAAUCAUUACCAUCAUGAUGACCAGUACAGUUUUUUACUUGGCCCUGCUGUUCUCUUUAGGAACAUGUGCUGUGGUGAAUAUGGCGCCGGAGAUAAGCGAAGGCAAAACUGAUGAAGUGAUUAAUGAUCUAGAGGAGAUUGUCGAAGAACUCAAGGUUGAUGAAAUGCUCAUCCAAAAUUCCAAAGUUGAUUUUCCCUUGGAAAAUACAAAUAUAAAUGUGAAAUAUCAUGCGCCGUCGAUGAAAUGUAGUUGGGAUCAUACAACAGGAAACUGCUGUUUUCAACUUUAUAUGAUUCCCAGCAAAAUAUGUGUGAUAAUGCGUGCCACGUACCCGCAUGUAAAUUAUGAAGUUAAAUCAGGUACCCGGGCAAUAAGUCGAGGGUAUUUAAAUGAUCACUAUGAUGACCACGAGGUUGAUAUCCAUUAUUCGUACUUUAAGCUCGAGUUUGAAUUGAAGCUGCGUUAUUUAUCCAAGGAAGGAAUCGUGAUGUGUUUCAAAGCUGAUUAUCAUACCCAUGCUUAUAAAUUCGACAAUGGAAUUGGUUGUACAAUAAACUGUUUUAAGAACAGCGGAUGUAACAGAUCACCAUCUAUGUCAAUAGUGUAAAUAUUAAUUCAAAUUGCAUGGUAGAGAUGUGAAGUUUUUUAUACUCCAUUGUAUAAUGCAGAAGAUAGGGACCAUUUUUCAAAUAGACAAAAUAAAGCAAAGUAAAUAUUAGUUUCGAUGAUAAACAUAUUCAGUUUAAAGACAUUUUCUUGAGAUUAAUUGUAAAAGCCAACUGUAAAAACCGAAAUAAAGAAAAUUGAAGAAUGAAAAA